GGUUGAUUACACUGUGUGAGUCCUGAACGGACAGGGCUGUCUGCUGUGAGUCCACGGCUUCGCUCAUUAGUAGUGGAGCAUGGGCAGUGUAUGGCAUGUCAGCCCCUGAACGCAGCGUGGAGCCUCUCCAUCAGACGGCAGCAUGUCAAGACUUUAGACCUUUCAGCAUCUUUUUUUGACAUUUUACGUUGAGGACUGUUGAGCCGACCCCGGGUACAGGCUUUAACAUGGAGCUGGGGAAAGUUCACCUGAAUCUAAAGACGCUGCUGCUGACGAUGAUGAUGUUCAAAUGGGGAACACUCUGCACAGCGUCACCUGUCAACUGCCUGUCUGCACCCUGUCAUAAUGGAGCUACCUGUGUGGACACUAUGGACGACUACGCCUGCAUCUGUCCCAGAGACGGGGUCCGGUACAUGGGAAAGAACUGUGACGAGCUCUAUGACGCCUGCUCUUUUGCUCCAUGUGAGGAGUGUGUCAGCACCCCAGGCACCACAGAAUACCAGUGUAUCUGCCCAGAUGGACUAACAGGUGAUAACUGCACAGAGGAAGUGAAUGAGUGUCAGAGUAACCCCUGCUCUGCACCCCGGUCCCUGUGUGUGGACCAGCUGAAUGGAUACUUCUGCAGAUGUCCAGCAGGGUACGGAGGGAGAGACUGCAGGACACAUGUGACUGACUGCAUUGAUGAACCAUGCAGGAAUAAUGGGAUCUGUAUGCUGCGACCAGAGGGGUUUGAAUGUCAGUGUGCACCUGGUUACGAGGGGAAGACUUGUGAGGAAGAUGUGAAUGAGUGUGCAUCAGAACCCUGUCAGAAUGGGGCUAUCUGUUUGGAUGGAAUAGCAGAGUUCCACUGCUUCUGUGUGCCGGGUUUCCAGGGCUUCAACUGUGAAAUCGAUAUCAACGAGUGUGCUUCACGGCCCUGUGAGAACAACGCCACAUGCAUCAAUGAGAAGGACCACUACGAGUGUGAAUGUCUGGAUGGAUUUGCAGGAGUCAACUGUGAAAUAGAAAUAGACGAGUGCGAGUCCAGUCCCUGCAGAAACGGUGCCACCUGCCAUGACCUGAUUGGAAUGUAUUCCUGCGAAUGUCUGCCUGGGUUUGACGGAAUCAACUGUGAAGUGGAUCUCGAUGAAUGUGCCAGUGAACCAUGCCAGAAUGGAGGUGUUUGUCAUGACAUGGUGAACAGUUAUGAAUGUGACUGCACUGACACUGGAUUCGAGGGUGAUCACUGUGAAGUGGACAUCCCAGAAUGUGCUUCAAAUCCCUGUCAACAUGGUGCCACAUGUGUGGAGGAAGUCAAAGGAUACAGCUGCCUCUGCUGGCCAGGUUAUGAAGGGCCUAACUGUGAGGUUGAUAUAGAUGAGUGUGUGGAGCAGCCCUGUGAAAAUGACGGCGAGUGUUUUGAGCGUUCAGAUCCAUCCCACUGGGAGUUGGACUGGGAGCUGAGCUUUGCAGAUGCAGCUGGAUAUAUCUGUCAGUGUCAGCCUGGUUUUGCAGGAGAGAACUGCUCUGUGAACAUCAACGAGUGUGAGUCUGAACCCUGUCAGAACGGAGGUUCUUGUGAGGAUCAGAUCAACGGCUACGUCUGCACAUGUGCUGUUGGAUUUUUAGGUGUUCAUUGUGAAGUGAACGUCGAUGAAUGUGAAAGUCAGCCCUGUCUGAACGGAGGCUGGUGUGAGGACGGCAGGGCGUCCUACACCUGCCACUGUCCUGACCCAGACCCAGGUCAGCUGCCCUGGGGAGGGGCCCACUGUGACGUGAAGCUCCGCGGCUGCGUCAAUCACCAGUGUCAGAACGGAGCCACCUGCCUCCCAUGGCUGGAGGGCAGAAAACACAGACACACAUGCCUGUGUCCGCCUGGUUUCUAUGACGACCAGUGCUCCACCAGGACGACCUUCUCCUUCUCCAAGUCUGGAUUUGUCCACAUUGAGGUGGUUCUAGAAGAGAGGAGCCGCAGGGAGGUGGAGCACCGUGUCCACCGUGGCGUUGGGGUUCAGCUCCGCUUCAGGACAACUUUACCCAACAUGCUGCUCUUCUAUAGAGGUGAUGAAGACAACCACCUUCUGCUGGAGAUUGUGAAUGGGGGUCUAAAUGCAAAAGCCUAUUCUGAGGAGUCUGAACUGGAAGUGAUAUUUUCUGGCUUGGUCAGUGAUGGAGACUGGAGGGAUGCCCACGUGGUUCUGGAUAAUGAUGGUCUGGCUCUGAUUCUGAAAGGUCCUGGCUGUGACAGGGACGGAUGUAGAAUAGUAGACGAUGGUGCAAAUGAGCCCCCCUUCCAGCUGUCUGAGGCGUUUACUCAUGUGUAUGUAGGAGGAGCACCUGAGGAGCUUUUAGAGUCCACCAUGAGCCAGCUGAGUUUUAUUGGAUGUAUGGAAGACCUGAUGAUUGACUCCAAACCCAUCCUGCCCCAGAGCCUUCCAGAGGACCAGGGCCAUGAGCUGGGGUGUAGUAAGACUGAGUGGUGUAAGCCUGACCCCUGCUUUGGACAUGGACGCUGUGUGGACAUGUGGACCAGCUAUCACUGUGACUGUUAUCGUCCAUUCCACAGUGAGAGCUGCUCUGAAGAGUUCCCCUCAUGGACCUACAGUCAUGAAGACACAGUGAGUUUCAGUGCAUAUGACAUUGGAAAGAGCCACAGCAGUAGUUUCAACGUGUCCUUCCUCCUGAGGUCCCUGAAACCAGACGGGCUGUUGUUCCAGCUCAGGAGGCCUACAGGGGGGGACGAGGGGGAGGUGUACUUCUCCAUCUACCUGCUGAUGGGGCGGGUGCUGGUCAGCUCUCUGGUCCACAGUGCCCCGUUGACAGCUCCGGUUUUCGUGACCACUGGAGAGAAGCAGCUUGUGCAGGUGGAGGUCCAGCAGAGACAGGUGAUCUUUGAGCAUGGGGGUCUGCGCUAUGGGAUAGGAGAGGUCCCUGAAGUGAAUGUCAACAGUGAGGAUCGGGCAUAUGUGGGUGGACUGCCUGGAAGCUGGGACUCUGACGCCUGGGGGGGACACUUCAAAGGAUGUCUGCAGGACCUUCGCUUGGACUCGGUGCAUCUGGAUGUGGACGCAUGGAACAGUUCGAAUGAAGAGGAGGUGUAUUUACCAAGUGAUGCUGAAAAUGUAAAAGAGGGAUGCAUCAGUGACGACACAUGCAAGACACAACCAUGCCAAAAUGGAGGCAAAUGUCACAUCACAUUCAACGAUUUUACCUGCUCUUGUCUGCAAGAGUACAUGGGAAAGACCUGUGAGACUCGUGUGUGGUGCAUUAGUGAUCCCUGUGUCAACGGCGGCCAUUGUGUGGACCUUCCAAAUGGAUAUGAAUGUGUGUACAACGCAACAUUUGAGAACAACCCAGUGCAGUACAGCUCCGGAGCCUCCCUCGUUGAAGCUGUUUCUACCAUUUACAUAGAGAUGCGGACUCGCUCAGAGAAUGCCAUCAUCCUUCGGGCCUCCUGGGGCACUAACUUGCUCAUGGUGAGUCUUCUGGAUGCUUCGGUCCGCGUCGAGAUCCAGAUUGGCAACAACGUGGAGGCCUUGACCUUUAGUGGAGUCCGUCGAGUGGCCGAUGGGAGCUGGCACCGUGUGAACAUCUCCAUGGCUGAACAGCAGCGAAAGGCCUCUGCUUGGGUCAUCACCGUGGAUGGAAUCACAGACGCCAGCAGCACCCCACAAGUCACAGGUCGACUUCACUUUCUCAACCAAAAAGGGGCCACGUUGGCGAUCGCAGAGAGCUUCACCGGGUGCCUGGGGGCAAUAAGAGUCGGAGGGGUCUACCUUCCAUUUGUGGACGACUAUAAGGCCCCACAACAGUCUCAGUUCCAUUUAGUUGGAAAACCAAAGAUUCAUCUGGGCUGUACUAGUGCCCCGGUGUGCAGCUCAGAUCCUUGUCUAAACGGGGCCACGUGUGAAGACCUCUUUAAUAAAUAUGGCUGCGUGUGCGACUUGGGCUGGGAGGGAGACCAGUGUGAGGUAGACGCAGACGACUGUGCAUCUCAACCCUGCGUUCAUGGAAGCUGUAGAGACUUUUUAGCUGGUUAUGAGUGUCAGUGCCACCCUGGAUACGCUGGAACACUCUGCGAUGUGGACCUCAACGAGUGUGAGCAUCACGCCUGCGAACAUGGAGGCACCUGUCAGGACGGACCCAACAUGUACACCUGCAUAUGUCCCAAAGAGUACAGCGGACCGCUCUGCCAGUGGGACUAUCCUCCAAUAAAGUGUGUUGAAGAUGUCCAGUGUGAAAAUGACGGCAUCUGCAAGGACGGGCUGUGGGGGGCAAACUGCACAUGUAUGCCGGGUUUUACAGGCAGCAGGUGUGAAAUGGAAAUCAAUGAGUGUGAAUCCAACCCCUGUCGGAAUGGUGGCUCCUGUUUGGAUCGUUUCAACAUGUUUGUGUGUGAAUGUCCUCCUGGCUACAGUGGACCCAUCUGCGACACCAAUAAACAGGCUCAUAAACAGACCAUCCCCUGGCUGGUGGUGGCCAUCCCACUGCUCUGUUUCUGCGUUCUCAUCCUGAUCAUCGGAUUGACCUUCAUGGUGAUGACGGCGAGGAAGAAGCGUCAGUCAGAGGGCGCCUACAGCCCCAGCUCUCAGGAACUGGCCGGAGCUCGCCUCGAAAUGGACAGCAUGCUCAAAGUCCCCCCUGAGGAAAGACUCAUCUGAUGUAGGACAGGCUGAGACUGGGGGGUGGGGGGGGGGUGGGGGGGUGAGCGAGCACUGCAGGCAGGUGCAGGUCACCCCACCACCAGGACUUCACUGCUCAGCAUCUGCAUCCAACUGAAGGGACAUAUCUGUUGCAGUGCACUGCCCCCUCCUGGUGGGGGCUGGUACUGUCCCAGUGGUGCAGGGGCUGCUCUAUGGCGCUACAGAAAAGAAAAGUGUUAAAAGCCCUUUUCACAGAUGACUAGAAUUAUCAGGGGGUCUCGAGGGUUUUAGAAAUGACUUCUCCAUGUCAGUUAGCUGAGUGGCAAAGUUACACAGGAUAAAUAAAUACAUUUUACUCAAAUUUGGUGACAUUAUCCUCUGGAUAUGAUGCUGACCUUUACUAUUAACCUUUUAACAUUCACCCUUUUCAUGAAACCUCAAUUCAGAGUGAAAGUCAUAAUAACAAUGUCUCCACAGACUCAUGUUUCUAUUCUGAAUUUUCACGUUUAUUUAUUUCAUUUGGUAUCCGAACAACAGGAAUGACUCAAUUAAUAUGUUUUGUAUAUUGUACCAUGAAGCUUUUAAAGCUUAUAAAACAGUACAGUAUUUCCUUCUAAGUAGAAACGACCAUUUACCACAUAAUAAUACAUAGAGUUUUACUGAUUUCCAAUUCACUGCAUGUAUAUGUUGUUAUUCUCAAACUAGUCUGUGAUAAUUUCCAGCUUUCCAGGGAGCUCGUGGUAACAUAGACUGCUGUGCAGUGGAAUUAACCUUUAAAUUUUUUUUUCUUAAAUGGAGAAAAUGCAUAAACAUAUCAAAGACAGAAAAAAUACUCUGAUGCAUAUGUCAGGCUGUCAGGCAGAUAUUUCAAAGAACUUAAGUUGGUUUUAGAGGAUCAGACUAUUUUUCCACUUUAGACUGUUUUACAGUUACUUCAUAACCUGACUUUUCUUAGAUUUCCUUUGUAUUGAGUGUACAGUUUGUGUAUUUUGUAUAUUUUACCCUUUUUGUGUUGUGCUGCUGCACAAAGGGACUGUUUAUGCGUUUGAUUUGGCACCUUCAGCCACAUUUUCACGUUUACGACAAUUGAUGAAUAUAUUCAGUCCAGAUUACUACCAUAGAUAUGGAGUGCUCCUCAUGUACAGGAGUGAAACACUGCACCAAAAUAACAUGAGAAAUGCAGAGGCUUCUGUUAAAAUGUAUAUUUUGGAGGAAAAAUCAUUUUAAUAUUCUGUACCAGAAUAUAUUAUGGAAAUGUAUUUUUAUUGUGCUAAAGAAAUGAAGUACUUCCUCAUUUAGUGAGAAUGUAGGUCUUUACUGAACAGACUGUAUACUUUGAUAUUGUUUUCUGCAUUUGGGUGUACAAAAUCCAGCUCCUUCGAUUUGUUUAUGUAUCAGGAAUAAAAAGCAAUAAAAUAAA